AUGUGCGGAAUCGUCGCCAUUCUCCGCUCCAUGAUGCCCGAGGCGGAGCUUCGCCAAGCUGCAUUAGCUGCCGGUAAAAAGAUUCAACACCGUGGUCCUGACUGGAAUGGCGUCCGUGUCUUUGCGGGUCGUGGUGUCGCUUUGGAACACGAACGUCUGGCGAUUAUCGACCCGGAAUCAGGUGCACAGCCGCUUGUCAGUAACGACACUGAGCGUAACGUCACGUGCUGUGUAAAUGGCGAAAUUUAUAAUUACAAGGAACUGGCCAAGGGGCUACGUGACCCCUAUUCGUUCCUCACCAAAUCGGACUGUGAGAUAAUUAUCCCGCUGUAUCUCGAGCACGGUCCAAACUUUGUGCAUUUGUUGCGUGGAAUGUUUAGUUUUGUGCUGUACGAUCAUCAAAAGGACUUUUUCCUUGCAGCUAGAGAUCAUAUGGGGAUCACCCCAAUGUAUUACGGCUACGGUGCAGACGGGAGCGUCUGGUUUGCAUCAGAGAUGAAGGCACUUGAAGAAGGUUGUGUACGUUUUGAAGUCUUUCCACCUGGUCAUUUGUUUACGAGUGACACGGAAUCGUGUAAACCCUGGUACACACCUAAUUGGUACGAGGUUGGUCACUUGGGUAAGACACCAUUGGAUCUUGAGGUGCUUCGUGACGCUUUUGAAGCUUCAGUCAAGCGCCGCAUGAUGGCAGACGUACCAUGGGGUGUCUUGCUCUCUGGUGGAUUGGACUCGUCCCUUGUGGCGUCUAUUGCCGUACGGGAAAAGCAGAAACUUGUCGCGCAGGGCGGCGAGUGGAUUAACAAGAUCCACUCAUUCACCAUUGGCCUCGAAAACUCACCCGACCUCAAGGCUGCCAAAGAAGUGGCUGAAUUUCUCGGCACGAUUCACCACUCGUACACAUACACGAUCCAGGAGGGAUUAGACGCGAUAUCAGAGGUCAUUAAACACUUGGAGACGUACGAUGUGACUACGAUUCGGGCGUCUACGCCCAUGUUUCUCAUGUCACGCAAGAUCAAAGCCAUGGGCAUCAAAAUGGUGCUGUCGGGCGAAGGCGCCGACGAGGUCUUUGGUGGAUAUCUGUACUUCCACAAGGCCCCGAACGCUGAGGCCUUUCACAAAGAGACGGUCGCGAAGCUUCAGUCGCUGCAUCAAUAUGACUGUCUGCGCGCCAACAAAUCCACGAGCGCAUGGGGCCUUGAGGCCCGCGUGCCGUUCCUGGACGCCGACUUUCUGGACAUUGCCAUGAACAUCGACUCUAGCGAGAAGAUGAUCGAUGUCAAGGCCAAAAAGCUGGAAAAGCACAUUAUCCGCAAGGCCUUCGACGACAAGGAGCACCCAUAUUUGCCGGAGCACAUUUUGUGGCGCCAGAAGGAGCAGUUCUCGGACGGCGUCGGCUACGGCUGGAUCGACUCGCUCAGGGACCUGGCUGAGCAGAAGGUCACUGAGCGCCAGAUGAAGCACGCCGAGCGGCUCUUCCCGUACAACACGCCGCAGUCUAAGGAGGCCUACUUCUAUCGCAGUAUCUUCCAGCACCACUUCCACCGCGAGGUGGCCGCCCAGACUGUGCCCGGUGGUCCCAGCAUUGCCUGUAGCACCCCGGCGGCUAUCGAGUGGGACGCCGCGUUCAAGAACGCUGUCGACCCGUCGGGCCGUGCCAUUGCUGGCGUGCACCUAGAUGCCUACAGCGAGUAA